AGUUGGUCACAAAUCACAUUGGCUUUGCCCGAAGUUUUCCCCCACUCUUCUUUAAAAUGCUGUCAUGGGGAAAGUGACCGCUCUCGUCGGCGGGGGAGAUCGGGGUGAUUUGCCGGAGAGGGAGAAGCUGUAACUUCUACGUGACCAUGGUACCUGUUGAAAAUACCGAGGGCCCCAAGCUGCUGAACCAGAAAGGGACAGCGGAGGUGGAGAAGGGCAUCUGCCCAGACAGCGACGGCCGACAUCCUCCCUGGGCGAGAGGUUGCGGCAUGUUCACCUUCCUGUCAUCGAUCACUGCUGCUGUCAGUGGCCUACUGGUGGGUUAUGAACUUGGGAUCAUCUCUGGGGCUCUGCUUCACAUCAAAACCUUAUUGGCCCUGACCUGCCAGGAGCAGGAGAUGGUGGUGAGCUCCCUCCUCAUCGGGGCCUUCUUCGCUUCGCUCAUUGGGGGGUUCCUGAUAGACAGGUACGGACGAAGGAUAGCGAUCAUCUUGUCCUCCUGCCUGCUGGGACUGGGCAGCCUCGUGUUGAUACUCAGCCUGUCGUACACGCUUCUCAUCAUAGGACGCAUCGCCAUAGGGGUUUCCAUCUCACUCUCUUCCAUUGCCACCUGUGUUUACAUCGCAGAGAUUGCUCCUCAACACAGAAGGGGUCUUCUGGUGUCCCUGAAUGAGCUGAUGAUCGUCACUGGCAUUCUUUUGGCCUAUAUUUCAAAUUAUGCAUUUGCCAAUGUUUCCCAUGGCUGGAAGUAUAUGUUCGGUCUCGUGAUUCCCUUGGGAGUUUUGCAAGCCAUCGCCAUGUACUUUCUUCCCCCAAGUCCUCGGUUUCUGGUGAUGAAAGGACAAGAGGAAGCUGCCAGCAGGGUGCUUGGAAGGUUAAGAGCAAUUUCAGACACAGCCGAGGAACUCACUGUCAUAAAGUCCUCCCUCAAAGAUGAAUAUCAGUAUAGUUUUUGGGAUCUGUUUCGUUCCAAGGACAACAUGAGGACCCGAAUAAUCAUAGGCCUAACGCUGGUAUUUUUUGUCCAAAUCACUGGCCAGCCAAACAUACUAUUCUAUGCAUCGACCGUUUUGAAGUCUGUUGGCUUUCAAAGUAAUGAGGCAGCCAGCCUCGCCUCCACUGGGGUUGGGGUCGUCAAGGUCGUUAGCACUAUCCCUGCUACUCUGUUUGUGGACCACGCUGGCAGUAAAACCUUCCUCUGUGUUGGCUCCUCUGUGAUGGCAGCUUCACUGGUGACCAUGGGCAUCGUGACUCUCAACAUCCACGUGAACUUCACCCAUAUCUGCAGAAACCAGAGUCCUGUCAACCAGACCCUGGAUGAGCCUGGGCUUUACGGACCAGGAAACCUGUCAGCCACCAACAAUACUCUGAGAGAGCACUUUAGAGACUUCACCUUCCAGAGCAGAAGCUCGCUCAUGCCCAUAAGACAUGCUGUGGAUAAGAGCGAGGAGACAACCUCAGCGUCCUUACUCAAUGCUGGCCUCAGCCACACCAAAUACCCGCUAGUCACAGAGCCCUCGGAUGUCCCGGCUUUUUUGAAAUGGCUGUCCUUAGGCAGCUUGCUUCUUUAUGUGGCUGCUUUUUCAAUUGGUUUAGGACCAAUGCCCUGGGUGGUGCUCAGUGAGAUCUUUCCUGGUGGGAUCAGAGGACGAGCCAUGGCUUUAACGUCCAGCAUGAACUGGGGCAUCAAUCUCCUCGUCUCCUUGACAUUUUUGACCGUAACCGACCUUAUUGGCCUGCCCUGGGUAUGCUUUAUAUACACAAUCAUGAGUCUGGCUGCCCUGGUUUUCGUCAUUGUGUUUAUACCUGAGACAAAGGGAUGUUCUUUGGAACAAAUAUCAAUGGAGCUGGCAAAAGCGAACUAUGUGAAAAACAACAUUUGUUUUAUGAGUCACCGCCAAGAAGAAUUAGUGCCAACACAGCUUCAAAAAGGAAAACCCCAAGUGCAGCUCUUGGAGAGUACUAAGCCAUGUAUUGGGGGACAGCACAGGCAGCUGUCUCCAGAGACCUAACAGCCUCAAACACCUAGCAAACAGGGGUGCCGUGUCACAGCACUUAGCAGGGUGUCUGGGACCAGCGUGUAGUUGCUACUCCUGUGUUCUUCCUUCAGUGUCAUUGAAAGGACACCCUGAAAUUACUAUAAAAAAAGAAACCUUAUUCCCCCUUCCCCUAAAGGUAGAUGAGGUGUACGGGUCUGAAGUAAUUUUUUUUUGAUUGUGAACAUGUAAUCAGGAUAAAAAAAAAUGAUACUGGCUGGUUUGAUACUUUGUACCUUUCCCACAGAGCAGCCUUUGAAAAGAAGUGAAGUCCUACUGGUGAAAUCAACCUUUGCCUUAAGCAGAGUACAUAUGGAGGUCAGUUCCUGCUCCCCGCCAAGUUGUCUGGACACACAGGCUUACGGUUUUGGCUUACUAAGGACACUACUUGCAAUGGGUCUUGUGUAAAAAGAACCAGGUCACGCAAUGACAAUUUAAUUGCACAUAUUUUCUCUCUAGAUUAGUUAGAAGCAGAUCCUGGCUAGGAUUUUAGUGAUAAUUCCUAGUUACAGUUCAACUAGUACAAAGAUUAUACUACUUAUUUUAUGAGUUAUGAUCUACAGUUAAAUGCAAAAUAGCCUACUUUCAUGAAUUUUGUAAUACUGUAAAAUCUUUUUUAAAACCAAUUUCACAAUAGUUGAGACAAAUAUGCGUUUUUUUAUUUUAAAAAUGAAUAUCAAAGAAAAUUUAAAAAUCCUGGGACCAUAUUUAUUUAGAAAUAGUUGUUAGUAAAACGUUAGAAAAGGAGUCAGGAUAUUAGGUUAUUUAUCGAAAUCUUUAAGCAAUUAGGUUUAAGUUAUUAAGCCUAUAGAAAUUCUUUGUAAGGUUUUCAUGACAACUUACAGUAAUCCACAGUUUCCUGCAACUCUUCGCACUCAGGAAUAUCACUACCUCAGAUUAUGGCACACAGGCUGUAAUCGACGCUGACUUUCAGAUGACUGCUGACGUAAUAAAUGAGCUUCACACAUAAAGACAAUUUCCUAUGUUCUUCUUUGUGAUGAAACAUAUUGAUGGACACUGUGCCAGCAACGUGGAUCUUCAUCCACACAGAGAUGGAUCGUUCUCUUCUAUAUUCCUCCAGUUGAUUUUUAGUAAGACUUGGUAAGACAUUUUACCAACAGAAUUGAGAUAUGAUAGAAAAUCCACAAUAAAGAAUCUUAAUGCCCUUAAGCAGUAGCCCAUUAAAUGAUUAAUAUUGCGAACUCUGAAAGGCAUGCCAAAAACUUAAAAGAAUGAAUAACCUAACUUGAAAAAGAAUUUAAAACUCCAUUUUAUUUACCUGGGAAUUUUUCUACAGGUUCUUAACAAACUGUCCUAAUUUCAAAUUAAGGGUACAUGAUCCAUGGCAUUUUCUUAUAACAAAGUGAAAGACUAUAUAAAUCUCUGUAGCAUCAGAGACUCAGGAGAGUAACUAAAAGUUCUGGUUCUGAAAUUUAUUAUCUAAAUUAACAUUGGCAGGGGGAAGCCAAGAGGAAAGGAGAUUUAAGAUGUUAAUUCUAUCACAGUACUUUUCAUAUGCAAGUUAGAGCAUGCUUUGCUUCUUAGUUUUGGAAAAGAGAAAGGAAUGUGUCUGUGUUCUGCAGAGGGUCAGUUCAAGAAAUUUAUCAAUCCUUUUGUAGUCUGUGAAUAUGAUGAAGGGGCUUUCAAGGCACUUGUGUGAGAUGUGCCUCCUUGAAACCUUGGUGUGGCGUGGACAAAAACAAGAAAUUUAUCACGAAUCUUCAGUGAAUUAUAGGCCAAGAUUUCUUUUUAAAAAUGAAGACAGGUUAUCAAUAUGAACUGGGUUUUUUCUUUUUUUGGCCAAACAUCACAAAUGGUAAGAUGUUUAAUAAAGCUAUUCCAUGUUUCCUUUGAAGUAUGAGCAGCUAUUUCUUGGUUUAGUCAUUCACUGUCUAUGGGCAUAAUAUUAUUUAUUAACCUAGCUGGUUUAUUCCCAGUGACCUCAACUUCAGUAUCUUAUAUCAUCUCUUUAUAUUUUUCUUUUAUUGUCUUGAGUCUGUAACUAAACAAUUUUAUCUUCAAACUAAUUUUUACCCAAUACCCAUCAUCUUAUACCAAAUCAAGCUUUUUGGUUUUCAAAAAUAAAAAGGGGGCGUACUUAUAAUUUUUAUGUAUAUAUUCACAGUUUUUAUUUAUAAAAAAAAUUUACAGUACUGUGGAAAGCCAGCGAAAGACAUCAGACACACUCAUUUCUUCCCAGCUUUGUUAAGUUUAGUGGCUUACCCAUGGACACUCUGCCCAGUAAGGCUCACGCUGCAGCCCUGGAAGCAGACCUGGUUACACUGUCUCCCCAUCCUUUACAGAUAAAACACUUCCAUGAACUAUUGAUCUGCUCAGUUUUCAGUUCAUUCAAAUACUGAAAAUGUUACAUUAUCUGGAUCCGCAUCUUGGCUAUAUAAUCAAGUUUUCCCCCAUUCUAUGUUUCUUUCUUUGUGAACAUUGCAAAACAGGAGAUCACUUACUACUGUUAAUUAAAACUAAGUGAAAAAUCUCAAAUUUUUACAAAGGUCUGCCUAUAACUUUUUCAUCUAAUUUUGUUCUCUGUAUUUAUGAGUUUAGCUAUACUAGUGGAUCUUAAAAUGAAUCAAACACAAAUGGAAAAAAAAAAACCCCAAAACAUUAAAGUCUAAGAAUCACAAUUCAAUCUUUCACAAGAAAGAAAAAUACAAAAGUUAGCCUUUGCCCCCCACUUUGGAGGAAAUGAGAGGCACGGUAGGGAGAGGCAUUAAAAAGGAAGACAAAAAUAAACACAAUAAUACAUGCUGUUCAGUGCAGUGCUUAAGCUAGGUUUUCAAGAUUUUAUAAUACAGUAAGGAAAAAUGUACUGUAUAUGGAGGUUAAGAUGUUGUAAUUUUUCACAAGGGUUUCAAAACCUUUUGGAAAUUCAAGUUUUUGUAGAAAAUUGUGUUGGAAUAUUGUCUCUAUCAAGUUUCUCCUGAGAAACUAACUUGACUCUCCAGUCAGGUUAAUUUCUAGGUAAAAUCACUGUAGGUUAUACUAACUCCUAAGCCUAAGUGGUAGAGCAGGACCACAGCUGGAUCCUGUGUCACCACUGCAGGGCUCCUGGAUGAGCCAGACACUGUUUCAUAAAUACAUAAUGGUUAUAAUUGUAAUAGUAGUAACCCCAUAUACUGAAUAGUCACUCUUUAGCUCCAUUAAAUAAGACACAGGAAAAACAUAUCUCACAAAUGGCUUUCAAGUUCAAGUGGAACUAUAAUUAUACUGUGGCACAGAGGCAGCUUGUGGGCACUUCUUGUUAAAACAGCACAAUGUUAUCAACUUCUGACUAGACUUUUAGUACAGCCUUGAGCACCAGCCUUAAAUGAAUGAGUCAAGAACCUUAACCACUUCCCUACAGCUACAGUUGUUGAGUCUUUCCAGAAUAACAAAGGUCCAAAUGGGGCAAAGGCUAUCUCACGUCCAUCUAGUGGGUAAGAGGUUUCUCUUUGUAAAACUACAAUUUCUUUACUUUCGAAAGUGAUUUAACAUUUUCUAUCAUAUUAAAUUAGCAACAUUAAACAUUAUCCUUUAUCUAUAAAGUUCUACUCCGGUUCCCUAGAAUUUAUAUACACAUUUUUAUUUCUAAUUUGCAUGAAAAAAUUUCCUAUUAGAUAUUUGGUAACACAGCAUUAAAGAUACUAUUCAC